CAUGAUAGUUUAUUUGACUUCUUCUUUUUAGAAGGACACAAGGAACUGCAUGACUAUAGUGACAAAAAACAUUCGUAUGGUCAACAUGAAACGUUUGUUGCUAGUGACAAAGAGGGAGAAGCUUUGAAUAAACGAAAAGAGCCAUGUAAAAAGAACCCUGGACAUCUCAAGUACAUACCUGUAGAAACUUUCAGCAAGGAACAUCUGCCGAAACGUUACCGCGACCCGGACUUAUACGAACUGGUCAAAUCUAUCGCUGACCUUACCGUACGAGUGGAAGUCAAGGUAACCAGUCCUAAAAGACCUAAGUUUUGGCCUGGGACGGAUGUCGCAUAUCCAUUCAGUGAGUCCACCGGAGAUCAAUCCCUGAGGAUGGGCAGUGGCCAGAUGAGUGUGUUUAAAUUAAUCGAUGGAUGUGGCUACGAUGCGUUGGGCGUUCAAUACAACGCACUGGGCGCCAAAUAUGAAAGGAGAUAUAAAACUUGUCCUUGCAAAAAUUGUCUGGUGUCAGAAAAUCCGAGCAGAGUCUGGUGGGAAAUUAUUCUUCUGACAGCAGCGCAUGUGGUCUAUGACGAAACAGAGGCGUCCGCAACAUCCUGUAGACUGUUCUAUGACAAAGAAGAUAGCCCCCUGGUUAGACUCGAAACCAUGAGCAUCGAAUACGUGAAUAUUGAUCGAGACUUUUGUGGCCUGAAGUACGCCACUUGUGAUGCGACACUGGGCAAUAGGCUGUACGCUUUGAUGGAACACAGGUUCGAGAUUGGAAAGAGAAUUUGGCAGAAGUACAAGGGCUGCGAUCACUCGGAAAAUUUAUUUUCAUUGUCUCCCACCCGCAUGGAUGCACUAAGCAGCAGGUCAGUUUCGGCAAGUGGGUAAAGAACAGUAAAAUCAACCACUACAACAGCGAUUACAACUACACCAAGCUGACCUAUAACACUUGCACUUGCCCAGGGAGUAGCGGGGCAGUGGUUCACUGCGUGGGCUUCUUUGGGGCCAAUCAUGUUCACAGUGGAGUCUACAAAGAUAGGAUCAAUUACAGCAGUGUCGGAUAUUGUAGAAAACAAUGAUUGGGUGUCCUAUACAACCAAUAUGUAAGAUUUACCGUGACAAUAAAUGUAUAUUUUUUUUUAAAUUCUUAUUACCACAAAUGGAUAUACAAUUAAGAAAGAAUAGGAAACCAUACAUGUUAUUAUUAUAACUACUUGAAUAUAGAAAUAUAUAUAUUGUUGUACAGAGUCAACUAAUCUGUUCAUUUUGAGUGGUGGAAUCAAAUAAAAAAAAUAGCUUAGGAGCUGCUGUAUUAAGAAAAAAAAAGUGGUUAGACUUACAUACUAAGUGUAAUAGAAUAAAUAAUGUUGAGGUCUACUUUGGGUUUAGAAGAGCUUAAAAGUGGAAAGUUGUAAAAAACAAAAUACAAGUAAUCUCAACUCUUCUUCCAUGUGUCUCAGUUCUGAAUGAAUCUCUCUAAUUGCCCAUCUACUUGGCAUCUGCAUGAAUCGCGGCGCCAUGCAUUCCUGGGCCGUCCCCUCUUCCUCUUUCCUUGGGUGUUUCAGGUUAGAGCUUGCCUUGUUAUGCUGGAUUCAGGCUUCCGAAGGGUGUGGCCUAUCCAACUGAAAUACUUCUCUAAUAUCUACUUCAAUGGGCUACUGUUUUAGUCUUCGCCACAGUUCCUCAUUUUUGAUCUUGUCUGGCCAGUGAUCAUUACAAUAUUAUUACGACUGGGAUUCUCCAGGUCUAAAUCUGUACACAUGUAACUUAAAUUAUUUUUUAAUAAAUUAUAUAUUGAAUACUUACAAAGGCCGCAGGAUAAGCAUUUGCAGCCAAAAGAAAAUCCUGUGCCGAGGACAGACGUCUACGGCGAGAAAGAAAAUCUAAAUCGACCACCGGCGGAAAAUAGUAAUGUCUGCGACGCGUGUGGUAAAAUAUGUAGGUCGCAGCUGGGGCUAUUACUUAAGCUUUUAGUGUCUAAACCUUUGAUUCAAAUUUUGUAUUUAAGUUCAAAAGCGUCAAAUUAUUUAUAGAUGAAUUAGUAAAAUACAAAAUGUAUAAUGGUUAUAUCUACAAAAGAAUAUCCUGUUUGGUUAUGAUAACUUAUGCCAAAUAGAUUUUGGAAAGGUCAUGAAAAGUUAUUGACACAUAUAAAGCUUUGAAAUAGGUCUAUUAUUUUACACACAAAAAAUAUCUGGGUGCAGGAGGAACGACGGGAUAGCGAGGUGUUAUUACGCUUAACUUGCAAAGACAAAUAAACAUAUCUAUGAAUUCUAGUUAGGAUCUAGAUUAGAGAUUCGGAAACGGUCUACUACGUUCUACCAAGACCAUUCGUUAUAGAGGCCUAAACACUGAUUUACAACGUCACAACCUGUGGGCAGUUUACACCAAUAGCUCGUUGCCGCGUCGUACAGACCUGUGAAGUCUCGGUUCUACUAACUACUUCUGAUGGAGGAAGUGUUAGAGAAUUUGAAUAUCGGAGUUAUCUCUCAUUGAUUCUCUCACGCACCACGUGACCACAACAGACCAGUCAUCUAGCAUACAUGACUAAGUAACAUGUAUUCAUCGUUUUGUCUUUCUGAGUAUUUUAUUUAUGUGUGUGCUUUAGUAUUGAAAAAUUAUGGUUCAGUGUAAUAUGUAUUAUUGUUACUUUACUUUUUAGUUUUCCGACAUGUGGUCUCAAAAUAAAGUCUCUUACUAAUGGUGUUAUUCUAGUCAAAACACUACUGGUACUAUAUAAAUUACUUUAGCUUCAUAAGUUACAUUGUAAAAUAUUUAGUUACAGGUAGUAUCUUAUACAAGCAUUUUACAUUGGCAAAUAUGACAAUUAUUUUUAUUCUGUUUCCUUUGCUAUGUUUCAUUCAAACAUUUUACAAUUGAUUUUAUGUAUAAAGAUAGUAGAUAUAUUAAAGAGUUAAAAAUG